AUGCCUUUCGAACUCGAAGUAACAACGCUCAACCUUCUCUGCACAGCCUUUGGGCUCUUUUUCAUCCCAUAUGGCACGAUUUCGUAUCUCAUCAAGGAGCGCCUGUUCUUGGGUGAGGCGCCGCUGGCUGUUCUCAUCGGCAUCGGCCUAGGCCCCUACGGCCUGGGAGGCAUCUUCAACUGGGCCUCCAAAGAGGUCGAUAUCGACGAAAUCUCGCUCGGACUAUGUCGAGUCGUCAUUGGCAUCCAGCUGACGCUGGUCGGUGUGCAGCUGCCUUACAAGUAUCCCUGGAUCGAGAUCCGCAGCUUGGCCGUGCUGCUGAUCCCCAUCAUGACCAUCAUGUGGCUCGCGACCACGCUGUGCAUCUGGCUCGUCAUCCCCUCGCUGCCCGUGCUGGCAGGGCUCGUCAUGGCCAGCUCGGCCACUCCCACCGAUCCAGUGCUCUCCAACGCUAUCGUCAAGGGCGCGUUUGCAGACCAGUAUGUCUCGCCUCGCCUCCGCAACCUCAUCUCGGCAGAGAGUGGCGCCAACGACGGCUUUGGCUAUCUCUUCCUCUUCCUCGCGGUCCACCUGCUCAAGCUCGACACCACCACGCAGGCGCUUUCCACUUGGAUCUUCCAGACGUGCGUGUACACGGUCGGCGGCGCCGUGCUGUACGGCAUCGUUGUCGGCUACGUCUGCAGACGUCUCAUCGAAUUCUCCACCGACCGCAACCUGAUCGAUAAGGAGAGCUUCCUGCUCUUUGGCGCUGCCAUGGGCGUGUUCAUCAUCGGAUCCGGUGGAGUGCUGCAGUUUGACGAUCUGCUCGCUGCCUUUGUGGCAGGUAACGCACUGUCUUGGACCGACUUCUACCGCGAACAGUGCGAAGAGUCCGAGGUGGACAACUGCCUCGAUUUGCUCUUGAACCUCGUCUUCUUCAGCUUCCUCGGCGCUACCAUUCCCUGGGACUCGUUCAACGAUCCGGCAAACGGCAUCACCCCGGGUCGCCUCGUGCUGCUGUCCGUGCUCGUACUGCUGUUCAGACGGCUCCCUGCCAUGGUGGCGCUGUACAAAUACGUGCCGACGUUGCACGAUAUCUCGGAGGCGUGCUUCAUCGGCUACUUUGCACCCAUCGGUGCAGGCGCGCUCUUCUACCUUGGCGUCAUCCUGGACGAGUUCAAGCCCGAAGACCCCUCGCCCGUCGCAGAGCGCAUCCGCGUGCUCGCCAAACCCGUCACAUACGCCCUGAUCCUAGCGUCGAUCAUCGGCCACUCGCUCGCCAUCCCACUCGUCAAGAUUGCAUUCCGCUUCUUUGACGUCAAGUCCAUCAAGCUCGAGGGCGAAUCCGAUUCAGAAGAUGACAAUGCCAAGGAGGAGGAGGACGAUGACGACGGCGAGAGCGAGCACGAGGCGGACCAGGAUGCAGCGCAGGGUGGGUACGGAGAAGGCAACGUGCAGUCGCGCGACUACGCUCGCCCCAUUCGCAACCGUCGCGAAGAGUCCGAGGUGGAAGACGACUACGAGCAGGGCGAGCAUCACGAUCCGCGUCGUCGUUCGUACAGCAGAGCCAGUGGCUCGCGUCGCAGCUCGCGCGCCGACGAGAGCAGCCAGCAUUCCGGUGCCGGAUCGUACCAACAGUCGAGCGUGCAUCGGCCCGAACCACGACGUCGCUCCAGUCAGUAUCAUCAGGAUCCCGAGUCGAGCGGUGCAUACCAUACAAACGGAUCGUGGGAUGAGCAUGCCUCGUGGCGCGUGUCGAGCGGACACAAGUUGGGACCGCACCAUCAGCUGCGCAGGAACGACCAGACCGGGCUGCUCGAGCUCGACCCGAGGAUGUAUACGUUUGAGCACGGGGCGCCGUCUCAUUCGCGCCGACGUGGCGGCAGUACGAGGAGCACCAGCCGAGCGCCUAGGUCGAGGGUUGGGAGAGGCGCCGAGAGGGCGGAUGGCCCAGAGCGCGAAGAUCAAGACGAGUCGCAGGGGUUGUUGGAGGAAGGCAGGCGUCGACCUGCGACGACGCACGGCAGCUCGUAUGGCAGCACGAACCGUCGUUGA